AUGGACAAAUAUCAAGUCUCAUCAACUGCCAGAUUCAUAUAUGAAAAGCAUGAGCAGAAUUUCAGGAACUCAGUUUACACAGGAAUAUCAUUUUUUCCAUUUAUUCUAUUGCUCAAACUCAUUUUCCAAUGCACUUUCCUUACAUUAGCAACUGCCUUCAUCACCUCAAUAUUCUACUAUGAAAACAAGUACACCUGGAGAUAUCUUAUAUAAAUUAUCCUCUGUGCUGCUUCAUUAUGGGAAAUCUAAAUUUAUUGUAUCUAAUCUCACGUCUUCACUUUUUUAAUCAAUUUAAUUCUUGUCCCUUAUUGGCCUAUUUAGGUGCUAUUUCAACUUCCAAUAAUACGUUAACCAAGUCACAUUUACAUAUUCCUAUUCAUGAUCACUCUCUUAAGGGCUAUUGAAAUACUGAAAAGAUACCUAUAUGCUAAUAUUUGCAGAAUGAAUGCCCUUCAAUAGGAAUAUGAAGGUAUGAUACUGAAUCUACCUCAUCACAUUCUCUAUUUAGAUGAAAACCUGAAUGUGCUCUUUUCUAGCAAGGCAAUAAAAUUGCAAUCUUUAUCUUAACAGUAAGUGGCAGAUUUCAUACAAAGGAAACAUGUAGGAAUAGCACAAUUCGAAACCAGUGAAUAGCAAUUGAUAGAAUAUCAAGUUAAACCAUGGGAAAACAAUUUAUUAUUAAUUGAAACCUAUUUUUAAAGUCAAGAUGAUUCUUUCUUUACACUAAUGAACGAAAAAAUAAUCAAAUUGCAUGCACUACUAAGUCAAGACUAUACAAAAUGGAAUAAUUUGAGAGCAUUUCGCAUGAUCAAAGAAUCAGAUCUAAGUACUCUAGGUUAAUGUCUAUCUGAAUGUCUUGAUUUGGAACAUUACAUCAUCUCAUAAAUUAUAAGCCCUUCACAAGAUAUCAAGUUAUUUGAUAUAAAAAUCCAAUUAUGUAAUCUAAUCGAAUGUACUGUACUCAAAUUAUAUGAACAUUUUAAUAAAAUUGAUCUAACAUUCGAAAAUGGCAUUCCAGAAUUAGUGGCAGGUGAUAAAACACUACUCAUGUUCAUUUUAUAAACCUUGCUCUUUUCAACUAGAUUUUGUGAUAAAUAAAAAGGUGAAUUAUCUAUUAAAUGCAUUGUAUCACAAAUAAAUCAAGAGAACUCAAGUUAUCAUUUAGAGUUCAUAUUAAUAUUUACAUGCACACCUUCGGUCAUUAAAUUGUAUUCCUAGGUUUUUGGAUUCAGAGAUGCAAAAUUAAAUCUGCAUGAAUAGUUUCUAAUCUAUUGUCUUCAAAUCUGUAAACGAUUAAUGAAACUAAAUAAAAAUGAAUUUAAAUUUUAAACUGAUGGAGAUAAUGUUAUUAUUACCUUUACCUUUUUGAGUUACAUCGCAAGCAAUAAACAAGAUCAUGUGUCUCAAUUCACGGAUAUCACAUUCUCUAGAAUUGUUUUAAAUGAUUAUCAUUAUUAAUGGAAAGAAAAAGUGUAAAUCCUUCCCACAAAAUUCAUGUUAGAUUCUUAAAUUAGAAAAAGUUUAUAAGCAACCACUAAUACUUAAAAUCUACCAGAAUAAAUAACUAAUAAAAUUGAUGUCAAUUUUCCUGAAAUCAGAGAUGAACUCAUCUUAUUACUGGAGAUCACACUUGAGGAUGCCAAAGAUAAAGGUAUCUUUGAUUAGAUAGUCAUUGAUUAAUCUGAGAAUAAUGAUAAAUUUGCAAUCAGUGUAAUCAUUACUAAUUAUUCUAGGAAUAUGCAGAUAGUAUAGCCAAUUCUCCUCCUUCAUUCAAUACUCCUCAAAUUAACCCAACAAAAUUAUCAGAUUUACUGAAAGAGAAGUUCAAAAAAAGAUUGUCAAGGGCCAAAAAAACAAAGAAAAAGAAGAAACUUGUCAAAAAUAAUUACAACGUCGUUUUUCCAAGAAGAAACGACUCAAAUUGUAAAAGUAAUUCAGAACCUGCAAUGUUUAAUUUCAAUCAAGAUGUUUAAUAAAACAGAGAUAAUAGAACCAAUUUAAAAUGGACACAUCGUUGUAAUGUCAUAUAGCCUCCAAAGACAGUUAAUGAGAUACUUUGUUAUGUGUCUAAUAUCAAAUUAUAAAGUGAUAUCAUAACUAAUUUUGGAAAUUCCACUUAUGAUAACUUUGAGAUUAAGAACCCUAUAAUUGUAGUUGAUAUAGUUGAUGUGAUCAGACUUUACAAAGAAUAUUUAUUGGCUGGCAAACAGUUUUACUUUAUUAUGUUGUUUGUUAAAAAGCAAUAAGAAAUUGCAGAUUUUACAGAGAUUGUUCAAAAAAAUGAAUAGGAAUUUGUUCAGUAAAAUCCAAAAUUUUAGUAAACUUAUUUGAUUGGCAUAACAGAAUCUUAAUUAAAACCUUCUUUGUAUGCCUUUUUUAAGUGCAUUAUACCAUUUGGCUAAUGGAAUACGGACAUAAAAUAAAUAAAAGCUUUGA